AUGUUAACACAUUCGUUCCAACCAGAUAAACCACAAUCAUCGCGUUUAUUCUGCGCGGGUGUCUUGAUCUCUUCUAACGUGGUGCUCACUUCGGCGACAUGUCUUCUAUCAGCACGUAACCACAUACUGUAUGUUCACGCGCCCGCAUCAACCGUGAAGAAGAAUUACACGGUCAAAUACCGUGUAGCCCAUAAAGAUUAUAAUUCAGGUACACAUGUACAUGACUUCGGUAUUUUGGUGCUGGAGAAAAACGUUGAGUGGGGCAAGAAAAAGCCAAGGAGUGCCUGUCUCGACUUCACAACCAAAUUGCAAGGGGACUGUUUAGCAACAGGAUUCAGUAGCGACUUUGAAAUCACGACGACAUUAUUGUCAGUGGAGCAGAAGGGUUGUGGUCCCAGGCAGGACCCGGGCGACGUGUGUUGCGGUACAAACGUUAGUGACGAUGACGAUUGCAUCAUUACACCCGGUGCACCAGUGCUUUGCCUGUCUAGUGACAAAGUGUUCACCGUUGUUGGAGUGUCAAGGUCGAUUUGUAAAAAUAACAAACAAGUGAGCAUCGGAGAACUGUCAACAGUGAAAACAUGGCUUCAGAGCGAAUUAGUAGAAAUUAAUCUCCUACAAAAUGUGUACACUUAUAAAAAGUUAUAA